AGCACACAAGCAUGGUGCGCUGCAGAGCAGCAGCUCCGGUGCCGCCAGCCUCCUCCAUCGCCGCCGCCGCUUCCCCUCGGCGUUGAAGUCCUUGGGGAAGGAGAGGAGCAAAAAGGGCUCGGCUGCGGCUCCCUGCAGCAGGGCAGCGGCGUGCGGGGAAGGGGAAGGAGCAGGGCUAGGCCGGGGCGAUGGAGCUGCGGCGCUGCAGGAGGAUGCCCAGGGGCCAGCUCUCGGCUCUCCUGCUCCUCCUGGCCUCAGCCUGGCUCUGGGGGGCUGCGGGGGGCCGGCGGCCUCCCCGGCCUCCCCCUUGCCCCCCGAGCUGCUCGUGCACGCGGGACACAGCCUUCUGCGUGGACUCCAAGGCCGUGCCCAAGAACCUGCCCCCCGAGGUCAUCUCGCUGACCAUGGUGAACGCGGCCUUCACGGAGAUCCGAGAGGCGGCUUUCGCCCACAUCCCCUCGCUGCAGUUCCUCCUGCUGAACUCCAACAAGUUCACGCUGAUCGGCGACAACGCCUUCGCCGGCCUCUCGCACCUGCAGUACCUGUUCAUCGAGAACAACGACAUCCAGGCGCUCUCCAAGGCCACCUUCCGCGGGCUCAAAUCGCUGACCCACCUGUCUCUGGCCAACAACAACCUGCAGACGCUGCCCCGGGACCUCUUCAAGCCUUUGGAUAUCCUGAGUGACUUGGACCUGCGGGGCAACACGCUGGCCUGCGACUGCAAGAUCAAGUGGCUGGUGGAGUGGAUGGAGAGCACCAACACCACGGUCCCCGCCGUCUUCUGCAGCAGCCCCGGGCAGUUCGAGGGCCAGCGGAUCCGGGACCUGGCGCUGGGUGACUUCCAGUGCAUCACCACGGACUUCGUGGUGCACCAGGUGCUGCCCUUCCAGUCGGUGUCGGCCGAGCCCUACACCUACGCCAGCGACCUGUACGUGGCCCUGGCGCAGCCCGGCGCCAGCAGCUGCGCCGUGCUCAAGUGGGACUACGUGGAGCGCAAGCUGCGCGACUUCGACCGCAUCCCCGCCCACUCGGCCGUGCACUGCAAGCCCAUCGUGGCCCAGAGCCAGCUGUACGUGGUGGUGGCGCAGCUCUUCGGCGGCUCCUACAUCUACCGCUGGGACACGGCCGUGGACAAGUUCAUCAAGAUCCAGGACAUCGACAGCCAGAAGACCCGCAAGCCCAACGACAUCGAGGCCUUCCAGAUCGAGGGCGAGUGGUACUUCGUCAUCGCCGACAGCUCCAAGGCGGGCUCCACCAGCCUCUACCGCCUCAACCAGAACGGCUUCUACUCCCACCAAGCCCUGCACGCCUGGCACCGCGACACCGACGUGGAGUACGUGGAGAACGACGGCAAGCCCCGGCUCAUCAUCUCCAGCAGCUCCCAGGCGCCCGUCAUCUACCAGUGGAACCGGGCGCAGAAGCAGUUCGCGCCGCAGGGGGAGGUGGGCGAGAUGCUGGACGUGCAGAUGGUGAAGCACUUCAGGGUGAAGCGGGAGCAGUUCCUCUGCCUCAGCCGCUACAUCGGCGACUCCAAGGUGGUGCGCUGGGAAGGGCAGCGCUUCGUCGAGCUGCAGACGCUGCCGUCCCGCGGCUCCAUGGUGAUGCAGCCCUUCGCCGUGGGGCAGCGGCGCUACAUGGCCCUGGGCAGUGACUUCUCCUUCACCCACGUCUACCUGUGGGAAGAGGAGAAGCAGAAAUUCGUCAAGUUCCAGGAGCUGGCGGUGCAGGCGCCGCGCGCUUUCCGCUACGUGCCCGCCGCCGACGUGCAGCUCCUGCUGGCGCCCAGCUUCAAGGCCAACACGCUGGUCUACCGGCACGUGGUGGUGGACCUCAGCCUCUAGCGGGGGGAGGCAGAGCCCGGCUGCCCCCGAAGCGGCUCUCACCUCCCCCAGGGGCUGCUCCUGCCCGUGACCAGGCCCAGGGACACGCAUGCGCCCGCCAGCCCCGUCCUCCUGCCUGCAGCCGACUCUGCCCCGCGGUCACAGCCCGGUCCCCGCACCCCUCCCGCACCCACGCCCCUUUGGGGGGAAGCCACCGGCCUCAUUUUUCCCCUGGUGCACCCACAGGUCCCCUUAUCUGCCCUCCCAUAUGCAGCACCCGUGGCCACCCCGUCCUGGCUGCGUGCUGGGACACCCCUCGCCCCACAGAGCGAUGCCCUUGGGUGCUGGCAGGGGGGAGCACGGGCACGGGGGGCUCUGCCCGCUCAGGCACGGGGUAUGUGGGCACUGCUGUGGGGCUGCAGGGCCAGGGCUGGCUGGGAUGGUCCCAGGACACUGGGCUGCUUCCAGGUGGGUGGGAUGCUCAAGAGCAGCGGGAUGUUCGCAGGCUGAUGGGAUGCUUUGAUGCCGAGGCGUGUAACGGGGUGCUCCGGGGUCGAUGGGAUGCCCCAGGGUGGAUGAGAAGCGCCAAGGUGGAAGGGGAUGCCCCAAAAUGGAUGGGAUGCCCUAAAAUGGAUGGGACACCCCAAGGUGGAUGGGCUGCUCCGAGGUGGAUGGGGUGCUCAAGAACAGUGGGAUACUCCGAUGCCAAGAUGUAACGGGAUGCCCCAAGGCGGAUGGGAUGCUCUGAGGUGGAUGGGAUGCCCCGAGGCAGAUGGGAAGCCCCAAAGUUAAUGGGAUGCUCUGAGCUGGAUGGGAUGCCCCGAGGUGGUUGGGAUGCUCUGAGUUGGAUGGGAUGCCCUGAGGCCGAUGGGAUGCUUGAGGCCAGCAGGAUGCAGCCCCGAUGGUGCCACCACGUGCAGGAGCGGCACUGCCUGCUCCUGUCUCCUGUGCACGCCCAGCAGCCCCCUCUGCCCGGUCCCCCAGCGUGCCAGCCACACCAGGGUGUAUGCACCCACCCAAAACACUCCCCAAUAAACACACUGUGACCCCCAGCCGUGCCCACACCUGCUCACAGCAGCCCUGCGUGGCUGAGGACAGCUGAGAGCCCUGCUCGUGGCUCUCCCGGGCGUUUUGGGGGAGCAGCAGAAGCUCUGGCCCGCGGCGGGGAAGCGGGAGGUGUUUCCCCAGGGUGCGGGGUUUGCUCCUGCACCCCGGGGCUGCACCCCGCCUGCCCGGCUGGUUUUCCAGGGGAGCAUUUCCACGUCCCACAGGCGCGUGCAUAUGCAUGUGAAAAACCACCAAUUAAGCUCACAAAUAAAAGAGCCUCUCUAAGGGAACAGGCAGCCUGGGGAGAGGGUUUGUCCUGGGUGGCUGCAGACCCUAAACCCGGGGCUCUGCCACCCCGCACUGCCUCGGUUUCUCCACCAGGAAAGGGAAGAUUUUAGUGGGGAGGGAGGCGGGGGGGUGCUGGGACCCCGACCCUGGCAGUGACACAGGGCAGGGAGCUGGGGAGCCCCAGGCCACUGCUGGGGACACAUGGCCGGGGGAAAUGUGGUCUGGGGCAGGUGCCAGGCCCACCGACAGGGACUCAGAGCUCUGCCCCUGUCCCAGAGGAGGAGGAAGCCGCUCCUGUUUUCUUCUAAGCGUCUUGCAACAACCCACGGCUCUGCAGAGCCCUGGCCCCGGUUCAGCAACACACCCGAGCCAGUGCCCGGCACAAACGUGUUGGCCUGGGUGAGGAGCGCCGGGAAGCAGAUUGCGCAGCGCCCGACAGAGGCGUCCGGGGCCGCAUCCUGCUGGAUCCACGCGCGGGGCGGUGCCUGCGCCUCUGCUGCCGGCCUCACCUCCCUGGCAGCACCCAAACCUCCACCCAAACCCCCGGCACCCGCAGCGCUCCUCACCCUGACCUGGGCUGGCGGGCCUGAAAAAUCACAGAAAAUCCUAGAAUCAUUGGGGUUGGAGAAGCCCUCCAAGGUCAUCUGGCCCAACCGUCCCCCUACCACCAAUGUCACCACUAAGCCAUGUCCCCAAGCACCACGUCCAACCUCUCCUUGAACAGCCCCAGGGACGGUGACGCCACCACCUCCCUGGGCAACCCGUCCCAGUGCCUGACUUGGGAAGAAAUGUCUCCUCGUUUCCAACCUGAACCUCCCCUGGCACAACUUGAGGCUGUUCCCUCUAAUCCCAUCACCGGUUAUCUGCCAGAAGAGGCCAUCCCCGAAACCAAAAUAAAACCCUGAGAUCAUAC